ACAUCAUCAUCAUCACCAUCCCCAUCAUCCUGAGGUGUGUCUCCUGCCGCUGGAGCUGCAGACAGACGGCAGGCACACAGGCAGACGGUCAGAGCGCCGGUGCACCAACUGAAAACUACUCCAUCCCUUUGUUCACACGGAACAUGGCGUCAAAAUGUCCAAAAUGCGACAAGACGGUGUAUUUCGCGGAGAAGGUGUCAUCUUUAGGGAAAGACUGGCACAAGUUCUGUCUGAAAUGUGAGCGCUGCAACAAGACGUUGAAUCCAGGAGGCCACGCUGAGCAUGAUGGGACGCCUUAUUGCCACAAGCCCUGCUACGCUGCCCUCUUCGGUCCAAAAGGAGUGAACAUCGGAGGAGCUGGUUCCUACGUGUACGACGCUCCUGUCAACGAAGCCCCUGCUGCCGUCUCCAUGGAAACAAAUGCCAAACCAGAGGAGAGAAAAGCCCCCGCACGGGGACCAGUGAAGGCUGCAAGCUUCUCAUCUUUCUCUGGAGGACCCAACAUUUGCCCCAGAUGCAACAAGACGGUUUAUUUCGCUGAAAAGGUGUCCUCUCUCGGGAAGAACUGGCACCGGCCCUGUCUGCGCUGUGAGAGAUGCAGUAAGACUCUGGCUCCUGGGAGCCACGCGGAGCAUGAUGGACAGCCGUACUGCCACAAACCGUGCUACGCUGUGCUGUUUGGGCCCAAAGGUGUAAACACCGGAGGUGUCGGCAGCUACAUCUAUGACGAGCCUGAAGCUGAGGCACAGCCCUGAGCCCUGACGCCGCCUCCAACCCCCUCCAGGACCCUCAAUGUCUCUGAUUUGCCUUCUACAGUCAUGGUGACAGAUGAUAUGUACUACGAUCACAGGGAUGGAUAUUUAGAUGUUUCUGUUGUAUUUGUAUAUUGUUUAUAUAUCUAUUUUUUGUACCAAUACAAACCUUUAACAUGUCCUCCCUUGUGAGUUUCAGAUUUGCCUUUAAGUUUCUCUGUUCUCUUUGCCAAAUAAUUAUUAUGUAGUGGAUUAAAGCGCCUGCGUCACUCAUGAUUAAUAGUUUUUCAGACUUUUGUGCACUUACAAGACGUACUGUACGAAACGUACCCGUCCACCUGUUUAUUGACAGUGUUUGUUGAACAGGUUCAUCCUGGUUCUAAAAAGAGGGAUGAAUGUAGAUGUAGCUGUACGCACAGAGAUGUGAAUUUCAAUGAAUGUCAUGAAGGUCAGUUUGGGGUCUGUUGGGAUCAAAAGGUUUUCAUUUGUGCAUCACAUUUUCUACAGUAAACCUGUGUGAUACCAAA